UUUCGGGUGUCGGAAAGACGUUGUGGGAGCGUGGGCGUGUAGUUGAGUUGAGACUGAAAGACGCGAAUUCCGAACACCUCCUCACCACCAUCACCACCUCCGCCAGCAACAACAUCACCAGCGACGAUGCUAGCGCUCCACCGCGCAGCGGCCGCAACAGCGCGCACGCCGCUCCCAGGCCUGCCCGCCUCACUCUUCCGCGCACAACUGCAAGCGUCAGCGUUGACGAUUAAGCGUGGCGCGGCAGACUUCACGCACGCGGUCGUCGGGGGCGGCGCAGUGGGGCUGGCCGUGGCGCGCAAGCUGCAGCAACGCGAGGGCGCCGCGACGGUGCUGGUCGAGCGGCAUGGCUCCGUGGGCACGGAGACGAGCAGUCGGAACUCUGAGGUCAUUCACGCGGGUCUCUAUUACGGGCCGGACACGCUCAAAACAAAACUCUGUGUCAAGGGCAAGAAGAUGAUGUACGACAUAUGCCAGAAGUACGCGAUCCCGCACCGCAACUGCGGCAAAUGGGUCGUGGCGCAAGACGAUGCCCAGAUGGACGAGCUACACAAGGUAAACGAAUUCGCUAAGAAGAUAGGCGUGCCAACCAAUUUUCUUCCACUCGAAGAAGCUAGGCGCCUCGAACCCGACGUACGCGCGAGGAAAGGAAUCCUCAAUUCCCCGACGACGGGCAUCGUCGACUCGCACUCGUACAUGAAGUUCCUCGAGGGUGAUUUCGAAGAAGCGGGUGGCAUCUGCGCCUUCCACUCUCCUGUGACGCGGGUUAACCCCAUCAACGGCGGGGCCGGCGGAUGGGAAAUCUACACAAAGGCGCCCGACACGGGCGAGGAGACGUGCAUCACAGCCGAGACGCUCAUCAACUCGGCCGGGUUGGCAGCCAUCACACUGUCCAACUCAAUCUUACCGGCUGAGCGACACCGCAAGCCGUUCUACUGCAAGGGCUCCUAUUUCUCGUACUCGGCGUCGGGGCCUCGGCCCUCGGUGCUGGUGUAUCCGGCGCCGCGCGCGGGACACGGCGGCUUGGGCACACAUCUGACGCUGGAUCUGGGCGGACGCAUCCGCUUCGGGCCCGAUGUCGAGUGGGUCGACGCGCCCGAUGACCUGCGCGCCAAUGGGGCGCGCCUGCCCGAGGCUCUCGACGAGAUCGAACAGUUCCUGCCAUCCAUUGAACGUGAUGCUGUCGGACUAGACUAUGCGGGCGUGCGUCCGAAGCUGGGGAGAGCGGGCGCUACGUUUAGUGGUGGGCAGGGCGGGUUCCAGGAUUUUUACAUCCGCAAGGAAGAGGGAUUUGAGGGCUUUGUGAAUCUGUUGGGCAUCGAGAGUCCCGGGCUGACGAGCAGCUUGGCCAUUGCGGACGAGGUGGAUGAAUUGCUGUAUGGGUGAAUUAUAUAGACUUUGUAAAAUAGGUAUAGUUGUAUAUAUACAAAAGUAGGAGUAGUUAGUAGUGGUGG